GUCAGUGGAACAACCGCAUUGUCAAUAAUCGUGUUCAAGAAAAGUCCCUUCGGACAGUUCGGUCUUUCACUUCUUUGCUGUCAACCUACAUUUGUUUGGAGAGUUGGUGUCGAAAGUAGUAGUGCCUGUCACCUUUCCGUGGACCUCCACCGCAGUAGACUUUUCUUGUUUGGGCUUCGUUGGGGGAAGGGUUGAUGACUUCAGCAAGCUGAGUGAGUGAAAUGGCCGAGGGCCCCCUCCCCAAUGGCGGAGAACCCAUACCCACACCCACACCCACACCCGUACCCACAUCGAGGCCCUACACCCUUUAUGUUGUGGGCCAAUUCGUAGACGAGAUUCUUCAGUUCGAUGUCAGCCAGUGCGAUGAAAGCCACCCGUUCAAGUCCCUUGAAAUGCUGGUGCAGAGGCCAGCGUACCUGGCGAUGUUUCUCAAACAUCUUCACGAGAGCAAAGGUUACGAGGCGACUGUUCCGCUUCUGUUCCUGCUGAGAUGUGGCUCGUACUAUCACAUAACCAAAGGUCUGGUGGAUGGCAAGGGUGCCAAGCGUCAGGCGCAGAGUGUGAUCCAUACGUUCCUCUCUCAGAACUCGCCGUGGAGUAUGGCCGUGGAUCCCGUAAAACUAGAGGAGGUUGAGACCAUUUAUCGCAAGAAGGACCUAACCAUAGAGGAAGCAACAGUGCUGUUUAACUCGCUCGCGUUGGACGUGGCUGAAGGAAUUAGUGCACAGCUUGAAACGUAUCGGCAGACACUGAAAGCUGAGGAUGACGAUGAUACACUGCAGGAGGACCUGGACAAAAGCAGUGAGUACCAGAUCACGCAGAAGACCCUGAGCACGAUCAUUCCGCAGUCGGCGUACACGAACCAGGACGGUGCCUACGCCAUGCUGCUGACGUCCAUGGCGCUGGCCAUGGGCCUAGAUUCCAAGAGUGCAUUCCUAGAAAAGCUGGCCAACCUGCAGCAAAAGGGCGUGCUUGGGGCAUCGCCGUCGAGCGCCCUCUACACGCGCGGCAAGGGCAAGCACCAGGUGCACAUUGUCGUCGGCCACAAUUUCGUCGCCACGCACUACAACUCGCCGACGUUCUGCGAUUACUGCAACGGCCUGCUGUGGGGCAUUGGCAAUCAGGGCUACACGUGCCAGCUGUGUAACUACAACGUCCACAAGGCCACGUGUAACCAGAGCAUCACCGAGUACUGCCGCGGCGAGCCCAAGGAGGGCGCCGGCUCGUUGUUCCGACGCGGCAGCCUUAAGCCGUCGUUUUCCGGCAGCUUCCGGCAAGGCGUCCGCCCGAGCUCGUCGCGGUGCUCCGUGGAGAGUGAGCCGUUGGACGGAGAGGGCUCCCACAAGCGGAUGCUUACUCCGCUGCACUCGGUCGGAGCAAGUAGCAUUGGAACUAGUGACACCGCAUCAAUAGACUCUGGUCUCAUCGAUCGGUCGUCGUUAUACUCGGAGCAGCGUUCCCAGUCCGCGGCAAGCACUUCAUCAUCGACUUUCUACGGACUUCGGCGAGGCCCGAGCAGUGCUAGCACGAAUUCAUCCGAGCUGGCCCGGACGACAACGAAAAUCCUGCGCGCCCAGUCGAUGAAAGUGAGCAAUGCCAACGACAAAGGGAAGUCAGUGGGACAAACCCCAACGCAGACCAGCGGAUUGGUAUCUGGGACUCGCCGCAGUAUAGACACUGGCCAACUCGAAUCGCCGUUUGCCGGCAGGGACGACACACCUUCUGUUCCGUCGCCGGUGAAUGAUCCAGACCUGAACGUGGACGAAGACCUCGUGCCAUGGUCGAUUAGGACACCGGCGGAAGCGAUCAACGACAUGUCGAGGAGAGAUGUGAAGCAGCAGGACCUGUGCCAUGAACUGGUGCACACCGAGCAAACGCACGUAAAAAAGCUUAAAGUCAUAUUCCACAUUUUCUAUCGGACACUAAUGCAGUCAGAGUUGUUCCCCAGCAAGCUCGUUGAUGCACUCUUUCCUAGUCUAGAGCUGUUGAUGGAUUUCCAUGUAGACUUGAUGAAUGGGCUAAAGGCCUGCUUGGAUAGCGAGGACCACUCCAAAGCAAAGGAUAUCGGUGCUGUGCUCGUUGAGUUCUUCAGCGGCGAGCGUGGCCAGCAGAGUCGGGAAGCGGCGUCCGAGUGGGUAAAGCUACGCCAGGUCAACUUGGAUUUCAUCAAACAGUUCUCCUCCAAGCAGCCCAAGCUGAGUCAGCUCAUGGCUCAAUGCGAGGCAAAUCCGAGCUGUACGCGAUUGAAGCUGGCUGACCUUACGAGCGUGGUGAUGCAGCGCUUCACCAAGUACCCGCUGCUACUGGAGAGUAUCCAGAAAGUCACGGAUCAAGAGGAGACCGAGUACGACCAGCUGACAAAGGCCAUCGACCUGUCGCGCCGCAUCCUAGAGCAGAUCAACCAGGACGUGAUGGAGUUCGAGAACAAUCGCACGCUCUUCGAGCUGCAGUCGCGCAUCGAGUUCAAGAACAUGGAUCGUCUGACGGGAGCACUGGCACCGUUCCGAACUCUGGACAUCUCAAGCCGAGAGCUCAUCCAUCGUGGCGAGCUCAAGUGGAGGAUGAAGGGCAAGCUAGUGACGGUAGACGCCAUCCUCUUUCCCGAUAUUGUCGUCCUGCUGGAGCACAAUGAGGAUAAGUCGCGGUAUUACCUUCGGGUUCGUGAAGACUUCACGCCAAUCAUCACGCUCAAGGAUCUCCUGCCGCCACGGGAAGUCGCGUCCGACAAGGAGCGCAAGAGUUUCCUGCUCGUCUGGCUGACAACGUCGGGUUCCCGUAUGUACGAACUGUCGGCUGCCUCGUCGGACGCCAGCGAGAAGUGGCGAGUGAAGAUCUCCGACGCCAUUGCCGCUUCCAAGGGCGGCACUGUCACCGUCACCAGCCAGUCGUACAGCAAGAACAUCAAGGCGUACGUGAUGCGCGCUCACGUCAACUAUGCGCGCUCGAUGUCCGCUCAAGACACCGUGGACUUGUCGGACCAGCAACGGCGACCGACCACUGAGGAAGAAACAGCAACGUCACCUGCUGAUGACAGCUCGAGUGUGCUCUCGCCCAAGUCCAGUACGGAGACGGUCGGUACCACUCAAGAAGAUGCCGUCUCGCUGGCAUCAACGCUCGCUACUGCCUCGCCGAAAUUAUUGGAGCAUGCGGAGCGGACAGAGCGGACGCCCACUCCCACCGCUAAACACGCCACCCCCACAUCGCUGUCGGCAAAUCGCAACUCGAGUCCGCCAGAGCAACAGGACCGUGUGCCCAAAAUGGCGUCUUCGUACAUGAGCCUAUCGUCAAGCGAUCUCGUAGCGGUGCUAGAGAACUGUAUGGGGCAGAUGCGUCAUCUUGGUGGCAUCGCACAGGAUGCCAUAAAGGAGAACCAGUCGCGAGGCCGCUCCAUCCGCUCAAAGUCAAACUCUUCCAGCAGCGGCUCAGCUUCGACUAGAAUGUUCAGCACUAUCGAUUCCCUACACGGUCAGCUGAAGACAGCACUUGACCUUGCCAAGAAAGCAGUCGAUGAAGUAUCGAGUGCACGGACUGCCAUAGCAGAUAUGGAUAACGAGAGCACAAGGUCUGAACAUGCCAGUCCAGCAUUGACACCGACUAAGACUGAGCCUCUCAAGCACAUAUCUGAAGCCACUUCAGUGGCGGACUUGGAGAGCCAACCGGAGAGCCUCCCGGAGAGCCGCCCGGAUAGCCGUCAAUCAUCACCCAGCAACUCCAGCAUGAUCAAGAAGACAAUGUCCUGUGUGAAAAAGGAUGUGGUGCGGCGCUUUGCUCAAGUCGCAGAGGAGCCUUCGCAGCUGAAACGAUCUUGGUCAGAUAGUCCAGCAUACUCCAAUUCCAGGGCGGAUGCCGUGCGAGCUCUUCGUAACAAGAAGGUGAGCAAUCUGUCUUCUGUCAACAUUCCACACUUGUCGAUUGACUGCUCGGCUGCUCAGAAACAGCAGCAACUGGACAUCGCUUAGUUGUGUGUGCGCACGCACACAUACACCUUCCUCCUUUCUCUCUGUCGCUC